AUGAACAUGGACAUGGUCGGAUACCUCAACAGCGCGCAGGACACUGUCCGGAGUCUUCGCGAAACGCGCCUCGGCCAGCUGCGGCACCCUGCCGAGUUCUUUGACUACCAGCGCGUCAGCAAGCCCAAGGACGUGGGCGAGUACAUGAAGCGUGCGGGUUACAACAUCCGCUACUUCUCGGCCAACUACGCCAUCAUCGUAGCCCUCCUCAGCGUCUACUCGCUGCUGAGCUCGCCACUCCUCCUGAUCGGCUUGGUCUUCCUCAUCGGCGGCUUCAUUGGCAUCAGCCGGUUUAUCACGGAACCGUUCGAGUUCCAGGGCCGCACAAUCACCCCUCAGAACCUCUACAUCGGUCUCUUCCUCAUCGGCAUCCCACUCCUACUCCUCGGCGCUCCCAUCAGCGCGUUCUUCUGGGUCGUGGGCGCGAGCGGCGUCAUCGUUGGCGCCCAUGCUGGCCUCCUCGAGCCGGGCGUUGAGUCCGAGUACGAGGGCAUCGAGACUGUGUAA